AUGUCUUCUUCCGGGGGGCGUUCUUCGGUUUUACCGACGACGACGACGUCGACCAAGCGCGCGAAAACAACCAACAACAACAACGAAAACGAAAACGAAAACGACGAGAACGAAAAUCGUCACCUUCCUCGACAAAGAAUAAAUGUCAUCGCGCAACUCGUGGAUACGGAUGGGAACACCGCCGGUCCUCAGCUGGAUUUGCCGCACGAUUGUACCUCGAAACAGUUGGAAGAGUUGCUGAACACGUUAUUGAAUAACACGGAAGAGAAAGGGGAGAAACUCCCGUACGAGUUUUACAUUAAAGACGAAACGUUGACGACGGAUUUAGGGGACCACUUGGAGAAAGUGAACGCGAGCAUGGAACAGGUGUUGAAAAUCGUGUACGCCCCACAGGCGUUGUUUCGAGUGAGACCGGUGACUCGAUGUUCGUCCGCGAUACCAGGUCACGCGGAAGCUAUAUUAUCGGUAUCGUUUUCUCCGGACGGGAAACAUUUAGCGAGCGGGUCCGGCGAUACCACGGUGCGUUUAUGGAACCACGAAAGCGAGGCGCCAAAGACGACGUGUAAAGGACACACAAAUUGGGUCUUAUGCGUGGCGUGGUCGCCAGAUGCGCAGUUAGUAGCGAGUGGAGGGAUGGAUAACAUGGUUCGGUUGUGGGACCCAGUCACGGGUGAAUCGAAAGGGAUUCUGAAAGGACAUAAGAAACACAUCGUAGGAUUGAGCUGGGAGCCGACGCACGCGUUGAAAUCACCAAACGACGUUCGAUUCGUUUCCGCCUCUGCAGAUGGGACGGCAAAAGUAUGGAACGUGAAUAAGAAAAUACCUCUAUUUUCGCUUUCUGCGCAUUCUAGGGCGCUCUCUUCCGUGAAAUGGGGCGGAGAAGGCUUGAUUUAUACCGCGUCGAGAGACACCACUGUGUACGCCUGGGACGCUAAAGACGGGAAAAUUGUUCGACAGUUAAAAGGGCACGCGCAUUGGGUAAAUACGCUCGCGUUAUCAUCCGAAUUCGCGUUAAGAACGGGUGCAUUUGAUGAAACCGGGAAACGAGAAGAGUCAUUCGAGAAAUCAAAAGAACGCGCGCUCGAACGAUACAAAAAAUUAACGAGAAACAAACCGGAACGUUUAAUCAGCGGUUCUGACGAUUUUACCAUGUUUCUUUGGGAACCGUCGCAAUCAAAAACGGCUUUGAAGCGAUUGACUGGACACGUGCAACUGAUUAAUCACGUCAUGUUCUCGCCGGAUGGUAAGUACUUUGCCUCGGCGUCAUUUGAUAAAGCGGUAAAAUUAUGGAACGGCGAUACCGGUGAUUUCGUGUGUACGUUUAGAGGACACGUCGGUGCGGUGUACCAAAUAGCUUGGAGCGCGGAUUCGCGAUUCGUGUUAUCCGCAUCCAAAGACUCGACGUUAAAAGUAUGGAGCGUGCGUUUAAAGAAACUCGAACUCGACUUACCCGGUCACUCCGAUGAGAUUUACGCGUGCGAUUGGUCGCCGCUAGGAACGAAAGGCGCGAGCGGCGGGAAAGAUAAAAUGUUGCGACUUUGGAAACAUUAA